GAAUUUGAAUUCAGGAAAGGGCUAACAACUUGUUAAGAUAUUAGUCUCAUCUACCACAGCACAACAGAGGCAGUGAGCUUUUCUGCAACACUGCACUGCUGAUUUUUCGCUGUAAUAGUCUUUAUUUUGUUUGUGUUACAUAUUAGUGUGUAUUACCGCAACGUUUAAACAUCUGAUUAGUGAAGCUAAAGGCUGUUCCAGGAGAUAUCACUUCACUUGCCAUGAAAGCGGGCGUAGUCCACUGCCGUUGUUCAAAAUGUUACUCCAUCCCAGCACGGAAACGGGUUCGUAAGCGAACUCCAGCCCUAACCUUGCUGUCUCUACCUGAGGAGGUCCUCCUCUGUGUGCUCCAGUGCCUCUCUGCAGAGGACCUGCUGUCUGUCAGAGCCGUUCACUCCCAGCUGCGGGACAUUGUCGACAACCACUCCAGUGUAUGGGCCAGGGUCAGUUUCAGGGAUACUUGGCCAUCCCCCAAAACCUUGUGGCUUUUUGAAAGAGCUGCUGAGAAAGGGAAUUUUGAAGCUGCUGUGAAACUAGGGAUUGCUUAUUUGUACAAUGAAGGACCAUUGCUGAGCGAUGAAGGGCGAGCGGAUGUAUGCGGUCGUAAGGCAUCCCACUUUUUCAGCCUCGCGGAGAGCCUCCACUCUCCCUUGACAGAUCCUUUCAUCUGGGUGUUCAUCCGUCCACCGUGGUCGCCCACCGGCAGCUGUUGCAAAGCCGUGGUGUUUGACCGUCUUAAGGCUGAGUGUGACAGCAAUGUGGAGAAGAGAGGACCGCUGUUGCACUGUUUGGCCAGAGUUUUGCAGCUAUUUGAGGGGGAUGAAAGACGCUCAGAUGCCAUAUCUAUGCUCAAAGAGUCUUCACAGGCCGGCUGUCUGCAGAGCUCAUACAUGUUGUGGGAGCACAACCGGAAAGCAGCUAUGGCAGAUCCAGGCAGGUACCUCCAGUGUGUGCGAACCCUCAGGGAUUAUGCUGGCAAAGGAUGCUGGGAGGCACAGGUCUCUUUGGCCAAAGUGUGCAGCAGUGGGAACCCGCUUGGUUUAGAAUCCAAAGCCUGCUCGGACUUAGUGGCUCAACUCUUCAGCUGUAACCCGGCAUCAGGACACUGCACACAAGGCAUCCUCAAACGUGGCAUCAAGGACACGAUGAGGUACAUCCUGGUGGACUGGCUCGUGGAGGUGACCACCAUGAAGGACUUCUCCAGCCUGACACUGCAUGUGACCGUAGGUUGUGUGGACCGCUACUUGGCUCUGCGCUCUGUCCCCAAGGCUCGUCUCCAGUUACUGGGAAUCGCCUGCAUGGUAGUUUGUACACGCUAUAUCAGUAAAGAAAUCCUGACCAUACGUGAAGCCGUCUGGCUCACAGACAACACGUACAAAUAUGAAGACCUGGUCCGAAUGAUGGGAGAGGUUGUCGCUGUGCUGGAGGGCAAGAUCAGGAGUCCCACUCUGCUGGACUAUGGGGAGGUGCUGCUGUCUCUGCUCCCUCUGGAGAGGCGGACCACUCACCUGUUCAGCUACAUCUGUGAGCUGUCACUUCUCUACUCGGCUCUCUCCUCGCCACCGCCUGCCAAGCUGGCCUGUGCUGCACUGCUCCUUACACGAGCUCUACAUCACUAUGCUCCGCUUUGGCCCAGCCAGUUAGUCGACUACACCGGCUUCUCCAAGCAGGACCUUGUCUCCCUGGCUGUGCUGCUCUUUGUCAAGUGUUUCAGUCAAGAUGUUCCUAAAGAUUACAGGCAUGUGUCUCUUACUGGAGUCAAACAGCGGUUUGAAGACGAGGCCUACCGGAGCAUCAGCAAAGAAAGGGUGAUGGACUAUAAAGAGUUGUGUCAGCUCUUGGAGAUUCCUGAGGUGGAGCCUCAGAUGGAGCCUCCCAGUCCCACUGGUCAGCCAGCAGACAUCCACACCUUCCUCGCCUCUCCAUCCAGCACCAGCAAGAGGAAACGCGAUGACGCCAUGCAAGCCCACAGAGCCUGUUUCAUGGCCACGCCCACUGCAGAGCUAUCCAACCAGGAGGAGACGCUACUGGGCGACAUCAUGGACUGGAGCCUGGACACUUCCUGCUCCGGUUACGAGGGGGACCAGGAGGAGGAGAGCGAGGGGGAGAAAGACAGUGAUGCGUCUAUGAUCUCCAUCAAACUGUCCCCACUGACGGAGGAUGAAAAAAUACUGGAGCACUGCAGAGCACUGUCCAGCGAUGAAGACAGCUUCUGUGAAGCGGAAAAGGAUGAAAGCAAAGACGGACAAGCUCCGAAUCCAAUGUCCUUCCCUGCAGAUCUCCACACUUCAGGAUACUCCUCCAUCCAGAGCGUAAGCCCCUCGUCCACAUGCUCCUCCUCCUCGCUCAUGCCUUGCACAUUCAAGACCUUAACCACGUCUUUGGGCGCAGCCUCUGCCAAUGCCACACCAGGCUUCCGACUUUUGGUGCCCAUGCAGAGGCCCCGCGGCACCUCGGGCAAACAAGUGAAGAGGAAGAACUCGGCAGCUCAUAGCGGAGGCGAAGUGGAAAGAGAAGGGGACGAGUAUUCUGCCAACGCAGGGUUUCUGAGCCUUUAGACGGAGCGUCUUCAGGCUGCUCACUGGCCACCUGCUCAGCUGUUGUCCUCCAGCACUUUGUUCUUGAUGCUGUUCCUCACUCACAUCAGUCUGCACUGAGCCCCUCAUCGCCAAAAGAUCAAGAGACUUUAAGCUUAAAAAAAUGAAAAGUUCCUCCCAUAAAUAUAGACUCACAGCUCUGAAACCACUGGAACAAGGCCGGACUUUCCUCAGGACCCUGGUACAAUCUCUGUUACUUCUGCCUUCUACAACAACCUAUCUCUGAUAGCAGUAGAUAGUUGUUAAAGAAACUACAACUCAUGGAUUUGUUUUGGAUAAAGUGUUCAUUGUUAAGAUCAUAUUUAAGCUAAAAACAACAACUGAAAAACAUAGCUGUCGUGUUAUUGCUUUGGUUAUCAACUUCUCUGUAAUGCACUGUCUGUACAAGAAGCUCUCUUGUAUUUGGUGAAUGUCAUCAACUAUUUGCUUCUGUCAACUAGUUGACAGAAUAUGAUCUAAAGCCUGGAAAGAUAUGAUUGUAUUCAGUUCUCGUUCAGUUUUGUUCAUAGUUCUACGUCUGUUUGCCAAAGGUACUGUGUAGGUGUUUGUGUCUUCAGGGGCAUCUGCUGAAAUAGAACCAGAGCUGUGAAAUGAGUCUCUUAAUCCUGUCUACAGUUUUAUACAUGCACAACAGUUGGAGUGUUGCUUUUUGAUCAAUUGUACUGAAAAGACCUCUCGCACACUAAACACUCCAGGAACAGUUGAAAGACUUUUAAAAGAGGUGGUAACGGUACUAAAUGAAGAAUGACUAGCUAGUCAAGUAUCAUAACAAACCUCAUCUUUUCAUCCAUAUGUUCGGUCCUGCACAGUCACUAAGUUGUGCUCUACUCGCUUUUCCUCAUAUCUGAUUUCGGUCUAGCACUUUUAUCAUCUGGAGGGCAAUUCAAUGACAUUUAACAGCUUCAUGCUUGAACAAUCAAUGUGAAAGUAUUUUUUGGAUUUGCUUUGUCUUCUUGGAUUGAAAGGGAAGAUCAGACACUAAAGGAAAAAAAUCCUGAAUGGGGUUUUGAGUUCAGGGCAUUGAGUAUACAAUACAUGAAAUGACUGUGACUGACUAAUCCCAUUUUAAAACCGUUACACCAGUCUGGUUAUCACCUGUGUGUUUUUACAUGUGUACAUAGUUGUAAUAUGUAUAAAUAGAGAGAGAACAACAUGCCACUACUACUUGAAAUAGGUUUUGCUUCAUGCCAAAAAGGCAGUUUUCUAUGUGAGAUGUCUGUUUUUUCUAAAGUACAGUGUUUUCUCUAUAGACCUGUUAUGUGAAUAUGUAAUUUUGUAUUAAAUAAAACAAGCCAUCAUGCUAGUUUA